CACUUAAUACACACAGACCAACAAAGACGUGUUCUACAUAAACCAUGUAUAAACUGUUUCAAAGCGUUCAAGACGAAAUCUAUCCAGAAAUUGAAGGAACUAUCCAUGGUGACAUUCCGAAAUGGUUAAAUGGAAACCUCUAUAGAAAUGGACCUGGAAUUUUCGAAGUUGGAAAAACGAAAUACUUUCAUUGGUUUGAUGGAAUGGCUGUUCUCCAACAUUUUAGGAUUGCCAAUGGAAAAGUUUACUACCAAAGAAGAUUUCUGAAGAGUAACACCUAUAAAUGUAAUUUGGAAGCUAAGCGAAUAGUCAUCUCUGAAUUUGGUACUCGUGCUUACCCUGAUCCUAAACAAAACUCUUUAAUGACAUUAAUCAGAAAGUUCACCAAAGAGGAGAAAACAGACAACUGUCCCAUUAGCAUCGUUAGAAUUGGAAACGACCUGUUUGCUAGCUCAGAAACGAACAUCUUACACCGUUUUGAUGGAAAAACUUUGGAAACUUUGGAGAAGAUCGACAUUCACCAAAUUAUUCAAGUCAACCAAGCUACAGCUAAGGUUCAUUAUGAUGAUCAUGGUGUGUUGCAUAAUCUGGGCUAUUCGUAUGGAGUUGGUACACCUAAAUAUUGUUUGUUCACUUUGUCGUCUGGUAGUCAAAGCCGGGGUGACUCGAGUCAGAAAUAUACCGGACAUUUAAUAUCAGCUAUAGACGUAGCCAAUACGUUUCAUCCUUCUUAUAUCCACAGUUUUGCCAUGACGGAAAAUUAUUACGUUUUUCUAGAACAACCUUACGUCAUCAAUGUGUGGGACGUGGCUGCGGCGGAAGUGAAAAAAUUAAACAUGAUCGAAUGCUUAGAGUGGAGAAAAGACUGUCGCGUUCGAUUCCAUAUCAUUGACAGGAAAACGGGGAAGGAGAUCAAUUCGAAGUAUAUCUAUGAAACUAUGCCAUUUUUAUGUGUGAAUAUUGGCAAUGCGUACGAAAUGGACGGUCAUAUUGUGAUAGACUUGAGUACUUUUAGAGAUAACGAGGUUUUGUCCCGAUAUUUCAUGACUAAUCUGGCAUUUGAUAUUCCUGGAGCGACCUCUGAAGGAAAUUUCCCUCCGGCAACGUACAGACGUUUCGUUUUACCACUGGAUUUAGAGGGUCAGUCGUCAAUUGGAGAAAAUCUAAUAACUACAGGCAAUCUUCAUGCACUGGCUAUACUCAGUUCAAAAUCAGUGGUAAAUUUAACCUCGGACGUAAUUUGUAACACACCGUUUGAAUUACCUACUAUCAAUACCAAAUUUGACGGUAAACGUUAUAAAUACGUUUAUGGUGUAACCUUUCAAUCCGAGCCUAAAUUUGCUAGUUCGUUGAUCAAAUUAGACGUUGAGGAUAAGUUCAGUAGAGAAUGGAAGGAAGAGGAUUGUUUUCCAUCGGAACCAACAUUUAUUGCCAGACCAGGCGGCGAGAGUGAAGACGAUGGUGUAUUGAUAGCUAGUGUGAACACAACGGACGAUGAAAAACUGUGUUAUCUAUUGGUAUUAGAUGGUAAAACUAUGGAAGAGAUUGCUAGAGCCUAUUUUAAAGUUUGGAUUCCCAAAGAUUUACAUGGACUGUUUGUUUCUGAUUAAAAUGGGUAUGGAGGCCGUUGAAAUGUCUAUACCACCUUGAUACUAUUGCAUGAUAACAAAGAUCCAUACAAGGAAAUAAUUAUAUUCUUGUAAUUGUCAAGGUGACAAUCGAAGGUCUUUGUAGCUUUGAUCAUUCAUGUGUGAAUUUUUAGGUCUGGUUUGGUGCUGGAAUGGACACAGAAAACAGAAUAGGAAAUAACAUUAGAAGAUAACUUGCCCAUAUACAUGUACAAGUUUUAAAUAAAAGUACCUUGUCCUUAAUAAAAACACCCAAACUUUAAAAGGUUUACGUAAACCAUCAUUUGCGCUCUGUAGACCAGCUUUACGAGAUCUUUAGUUUUUUUUUAAAAAAAAACAAAGAAAUUAUCGUUGUGAUUUUAAAUGUAGCUUACUCUUUCAUUGUACAAUGUAUUUCAAUUAAUACAAGAUAUUUUUCAAAGU